UUGUAUAGGUUUUACGCCUUAGCCUUUUCUUCUCCUGAAGAGAUCCUGCAAGGCAGAGGAGGUUUAGGAUCAAAGUUUUCCUUCUCUCAGUUGGGUUCCCUUCCCAGGUUGGCAAGCCCCAUCUGCUCCUCUCUUCCUCCUACAAACACAUGCAGAAGCCACCAUCAUCUUGGUCUCAUCCGCUCAAUCUGUCAAAGCCUAUCUUCACAUGCAAGACACAUUGCUAUCUUACUGAGGGUUAGAGACUUGUUGGCUCGUCUCAACUGGUUUAGCUGGCCAGUCAAAGCCGUUGACAGAUUGUGGCUGCUAUCUCAUGCUGACAGAUUCCAGGAGCCACAGGUGAGAGCAGAGUGUAGGAUGGGGGCCAAAGGUGGACUAACUACCCCAGAAGGAGCAGGGUGUGUCCCCCACCAAGGGUACUAUCACCCCACACACCCCACAAGGAUGAAUACUCAUCAUUAAAACACACAAUAAAAGAGUUCCACUAAGAUGUUAAAACAAGCAUCCAUAAUUAAAAUGUGCACAAAACAAUCCCAUUCAAACAUGACAACCACAGAGCAAUGGGGUGUAGAGCAUCUUUAUGUUGUCUAAGAGGAGGACAUUUCCCUCUUUCUUUUAGGGUCCAGUGUGUUUUGAAGAUGUCGCUGUUUGUUUCUCAGACGAGGAAUGGGUGUUGCUGGAUCCUGACCAGAGAGCUCUGCAUAAGGAAGUCAUGGAGGAGAAUCGUGGGAUCCUGGACUCUCUCGGUGGUGAUGGAUUGGAAUUGAAGAAUGAAGGAGACCACAAGAGAAUCAACACAGUGGAGAAGCCAUAUCAAUAUUGGGAUUGUGGAGAGAGCUCCGGUCAGAGCUGCCAUUCCCAUCAAAGAACUCACAGUGGGAAGAAAGGCUAUCAUUGCCCAGAAUGUGGGAAGAGCUUCAGUCACAGUGCCACUCUCACUUCUCAUCAAAGAAUUCAUACAGGAGAGAAACCCUAUCAGUGCUUGGAGUGUGGAAAGAGCUUCAGUCAGAGGACCAACUUAAAGACCCAUCAAAGAAUUCAUACAGGAGAAAAACCUUAUCAGUGCUUGGAAUGUGGAAAGAGCUUUAAUGCAAGUGCAAAUUUUCAUCGACAUCAAAAUAUUCAUCUUGGGGAGAAACCAUUUAAAUGCCAGGAGUGUGGAAAGGGCUUCAGUCGGAGCGCCCAUCUCAUGGGCCAUCAAAUUAUUCAUACAGGGAAGAAACCAUAUCAGUGUCUGGAAUGUGGAAAGAGUUUCAGUCACAGCGCCACUCUCUCUUCCCAUCAAAGAAUUCAUACAGGAGAGAAACCCUAUAAGUGCUUAGAAUGUGGAAAGAGCUUUAAUACAAGCACAAACUUUCAUCGACAUAAAAGUAUUCAUCGUGGGGAGAAACCAUUUAAAUGCCAAGAGUGUGGAAAGAGCUUCAGUCAAAGUACAAAAUUCACGGCCCAUCAAAGAACUCACAGUGGGGAGAAACCCUAUCAGUGCUUAGAAUGUGGGAAGAGUUUCAGUGUAAGCACCUAUCUCACUUCCCAUCAAAGAAUUCAUACAGGGGAGAAACCCUAUCAGUGCUUAGAAUGUGGAAAGAGCUUCAGUCAUAGGGCCCAUCUCACAGUCCACCAAAUAAUUCAUACAGGGGAGAAACCCUAUCAGUGUUUAGAAUGUGGAAAGUGCUUUAGUCAGAGGGCCCAUCUCACAGCCCACCAAAUAAUUCACACAGGGGAGAAGCCCUAUCAAUGCUUGGAAUGUGGAAAGAACUUCAGUCGGAAGGAGAGUCUCACUUCCCAUCAAAGAAUUCAUACAGGGGAGAAACCACAUCAGUGCUUGGAAUGCGGAAAGAAAUUCCAUCAGAAGGAAACUCUCAAUUCCCAUAAAAAAAUUCAUACAAAGGAUAAACCUUAUCAUUGCUUUGAAUGUGGAAAGAGCUUCAAGUUCAAGAGGAGUCUCACAUCCCAUCAGAGAAUUCAUACGGGGGAGAAACCCUAUCAGUGCUUGGAAUGUGGAAAGAGCUUCAGUCAGAGGACAAUUCUCACGUCCCAUCAGAGAAUUCAUACAGGGGAGAAACCGUAUCAGUGCUGGGAAUGUGGACAGAGCUUCAGCCAGAAGGUAAGUCUCACUUCUCAUCAAGUAAUUCACAGUGGAGAGAAACCAUUUCGAUGCCCAGAGUGUGGAAAGAGCUUUACACAAAGGACAGGUCUCAUGCUCCAUCAAAGAAUUCAUACAGGGCAAAAACCAUUUCAAUGCUUGGAAUGUGGAAAGGGGUUCUGUCGGAACUCCCAUCUCACUUCCCAUCAAAUAAUUCAUACCGGAGAGAAACCAUUUAAAUGUGAAGAAUGCGGAAAGAGCUUCAGUCAUAAGGUCAGUCUCACUUACCAUCAGAGAGUUCAUACAGGGGAGAAACCAUAUCAGUGCUCAGAGUGUGGAAAGAGCUUCAAUCAGAGAGCCAGUCUCACUUCCCAUCAAAAAAUUCAUACAGGGGAGAAACCACAUCAGUGCUUGGAAUGUGGGAAGAGCUUCAGCCAUAGGGCCAAUCUCACUUCUCAUCAAAUAAUUCAUACAGGGGAGAAACCAUAUCAGUGCUCAGAGUGUGGAAAGAGCUUCAGUCAGGGGGCAAAGCUCACUUCCCAUCAGAUAAUUCAUACAGGAGAAAAACCAUAUGAGUGCUUGGAAUGUGGACAGAGAUUCAGCCAGAAGGGAAGUCUCACAUCCCAUCAAAAAAUUCAUACAGGGGAGAAACCAUAUCAAUGCUUGGAAUGUGGAAAGAGUUUUAAUAAAAUCACAAACCUCCGUCAACAUCAGAGAAUUCACAGUGGGGAGAAACCCUAUCAGUGCUCAGAUUGUGGAAAGCGCUUCAGUCAGAGUUCCCAUCUCACUUCCCAUCAGAUGAUUCAUACAGGGGAGAAACCCUAUCAGUGCUCGGAAUGUGGGAAAAGCUUCAUUCAGAGCACCCAACUCACUUCCCAUCAAAGAAUUCAUACAGGGGAGAAACCAUAUCAGUGCCUGGAAUGUGGGAAAAGCUUCAGUUGGAAAGAAGGUCUCGCUUCCCAUCAAAUAAUUCACAGUGGGGAGAUACCAUUUCAAUGCCAAGAGUGUGGAAAGAGCUUCACAAGGCGGGCAGGUCUCAUUCUGCAUCAAAGAAUUCAUACAGGGCAGAAACCCUAUCAGUGCUUGGAAUGUGGAAAGAGCUUCAGUCGGAAGGAUAGUCUCAAUUUACAUGAAAAAAUUCACACGGGGAGGAACCAUUUUAAUGCUAUAAAUGUGGAAACAGCUUCACCUUCAACCGGAAUCUAGCUUCCCACCAAACAGUUCAUACAGGGCGAAAGCAUAUCAGGGUUUUAAAUGUGGGAAAGGCUUUAAUAAAGCCCCAUACGUCCAUCAACAUCACAAUGGGUCAUGUGGGGAGAAACUAUUCCGUGCCAAUAAUGUGGAAAGAGUUUAAUUCGGAAGAAAAAUCUCACACCCAAUAAAAAAACUCAUAGAAUCAUAGAGUUGGAAGAGACCACAAGGGCCAUCCAGUCCAAUCCCCUGCUAAGCAGGAAACACCACCAAAGCAUUCUUGACAUAUGCCUGUCAAGCCUCUGCUUAAAGACCUCCAAAGAAGGAGACUCCACCACACUUCUUGGCAGCAAAUUCCACUGUCGAACAGCUCUUACUGUCAGGAAGUUCUUUCUUCCUAAUGCCCUCAUGGCAGGGUGAAGCUAUAUUAGUGCUUGGAAUGUGGAAAGAGCUUCAGUAAGGGCACAAGUUUCACAUCCCAUCGAACGAUUUACAGUGAAGAGAAACAUAUGGUAGUAAUGGAUGUGUAUUAUUUUAAGACUUUGAUUUGUAUAGAGCAGGUACGUCCAACAGGUGGGUCCUGACCUACCAGUAGAUCACUGGACGUCUGUGGUAGAGCACUGGUAGAUCACUGGCUCCUCCCAAAGAUUGACAACUUUGGCUCCCCUAAUAAAAGCUCGAUUUUUUGCCCUGCAACCCCAAAAAUGGAGCUUUCCCCCUCCCUAAAAAAGCUCAACAACUUUGACCUGAACCCCAAAAAAGGGGGUAGGCCACUGCCAGUUUUUAACUCUGUAAGUAGAUCACAGUCUCUUGGGAGUUGGCCACCCCUGGUAUAGAGGCAACGAUUGGAAGAAUGUUCUUCUCAUUCAGCAAUCCGGCACCAGAUCUUGACUAGGGGCACAUUUUUGUAAGUCUCACGUAUAUUCCUCAAGCAGGUGACCCUGUUCUGCUUCCUCCCCAGUGAUAACAGAAACUAAGCCCAGCACAACAAAUGAGGUACUCUUGAAACCACUAUGGGUGGCAGACUCUCCAGCCAAGGCCUUGCGACCCAUUUCACAGGAGGCCUUGUGUCCCACAUAUUGUUGGUUCUAACCUUGUGAAGUUUUGCUCUUCUCCAGAUUUGAAAACCACUUUCUCCAAGUAAACAUGAUAGCAAUCUUGCUGCUGUAAUUAUUUAUUGAAGUCAUCUUCCAUAAUCAUUUUCUAAUAGUGUGUCCAGAAAGUGUUCUGCCUUCAACUGAACAUUUGUUGUGUUUGUUUUUAUAAAAAAUUGCUUUUAUUUUUUAUCUGUGUCAUUUAAAUUGUGAUUUUAUGAUUUAUGUGGAAAUUGUUUUCCAUUUGGUUGUAUACUUUUUGAUAUGUUUUAUUUAUUGUUUGUGACUUCUGUAAUGUUGGCAAUUAUCUAAAUCUUGUCAUGUUGUAAGCCACCUUGAGCAUUGUUUUAACUAUGGAAAGGCGGCAUACAAAUAAGAAAUGAUGAUGAUGAUUAAUAUUAACUUUAAAAACCUGCUGUAUCAAUGUAUGUAUUCGAAUCCAAUAUAUAUAUAUAUUUAGCCUUUUGACAUGCCCACCCAGCAUGAUAAAAAUGUCCCUUUGUGUUCUUGGCAUUUCAAGAAAACAUUUGAAACGUAUUUAUACAUUUUCAAUACUGUAGUUUGUCAGGAGUUAAAUUCCAACAAUACACUGUUUUAUAAAAAAAAAAUCUCUUUGAGAUCAUAACAAGAUGUAAAUUUUAACCCCUUAGUCCACAUAGGUUCCCUCUGUUCUUUUUGUAGAAGAUCUGGAUUUCUAGAGAGGGCAGGAAGUGAGGGUGUGUGUAGGGCAUGGUCCUCCAGAAAUCCCCUCCCUCCGCCCCAAGUUCAUUGAGACCUGGUUAGUCAUAGAAUCCUAGAGUUGGAAGAGACCACAGGGGCCAUCCAGUCCAACCCUCUGCCAAGCAGGAAACACCAUCAAAGCAUUCUUGGCAUAUGCCUGUCAAGCCUCUGCUUAAAGACCUCCAAAGAAGGAGACUCCACCACACUCCUUGGCAGCAAAUUCCACUGCCAAACAGCUCUUACUGUCAGGAAGUUCUUCCUAAUGUUUAGGUGGAAUCUUCUUUCUUGUAGUUUGAAUCCAUUGCUCCGUGUCCGCUUCUCUGGAGCAGCAGAAAACAACCUU